UAGGAUCAGCUCAUCCGAAAGUCAUAUGCAUUUGACACAUUUUUGAAAAUAAUUAUUAUUUUGUAAUAAUAAUUAAUUAUUAUUAUUGAAUAAUUAUUAGCAGUAAUAAAAAAAAUGUCGAAAGUACCACAACAGCUGGACGCGAGCCCCGAAGCUCUGGAAAUAACCGAAUGGAAAGUACAAAGGAGACAGCAACUUCGAGAGGAAUUUUUGAAACUCAAAACUGACCCCUUCAAGCAUGCCAGUGGGGCUAGUGGUUCUGUGUUUGAUCCGGCCAUUCUCCGUUUCCAAUCAAUCGGCGUCAACUACUAUGAUUACUUCAAGCCCACUGGAAAAAUGGUUCUACGCGGCAUCGGUCUGAUCGUAGUUCCAAUGUUCGGAUUCGCAUAUUUGCUCAAGCGAAGCCGAGGCAAAAUUGAAGCUUCUUAUAGAAGAGGAGAGGUAUCUUACAGGGACCGCAACAGCAAAUUCGUUUAAACAAUUGUAUAUUUUUUUGUAUUUGAAGUAUCCACCCUCGCCCCAUUGGUUGCCCCAAGAAUUUUUAAUGAGCCAAUAGUCUCUUCCACUUUCUGUUCCAUAGCCCACUAUGACUAUUCCGUGAUUGACGCGCCCUACAGCACAGUCGUCGUCUCUAUAAACACCUCCAGCGUAAAAUUGAAGAUUUGAUGCAUCUAAUGCUGCUGAAAUUGGGCCUAUAGUUGCUACUGCUUGUUGUAGUUGGGAUUCGUCUGGUUGAAUAGUUUGGUAACCUAAUAAUAAUUAUUGGUUUAUAUUUUAAUAAAAUAUAAGUGAAAGGGUAUAGGUACCUUUAAUAGAAAUUUUAAAAUUCCCCAUAUUAUUAUUGCACAUCUGUUGUGUUCCAGUGUAGGCAUAUUCAUUUUCAGCUGUUAUUUGAUUGUUUGUGAGGUAUUUGAAGGCGUUUCCUAUCCAGCCUCCAUUACAGCCUCUAUUGUUUCCAUCCGUAGAACAAUCAAUCAAAUUUUGUUCGCUUAUUGAUAUCAAGUUUCCAUAUUUCUUGUAAUAUUGGCCUUCAAGU